CUACACUGCCAACAACAAAACUCCACCACAACUCUUUUGCCCUCCGGCAUGUCUCCCUGAUAAAACUCCUUUGCUGUAGUUUAUAUAUGUUUAUUGCUGUAGUUAUAUAAAAGGCCGAAAAUGUCCACAGCAGAGAGAGAAACAUAUGGGACACAACAUCCCAGAGUUACUACUACCCAGGACGAUGUGUCGAUAGCCGAGCAGCAGAUUCAGAGCGGGCAGUAUUACCAUGCGAGACAGUACUAGAAGUUUCUACCAGCCCCUAACAGCUGAUUUCAUGAACUAUCUCAGCUGCUGCGGCGGGAUAUCAUUUCUCAGCCUUCUACCGGAUAAACAAGUUCCGCUGAGUUCAUCAGUGAUUCGGGCUCCUACACUAAAACUAGCCUGCAGGCUAAGCUGAAGCUAAUCGUGUUUACAUUACAGCGUGCUGGCUAACACCGAGGCUAACGGCUAGCAGUCGGCAGGGAUGUUCGGUUGUUUGGUCGCCGGUAGGUUGGUGCAGACGGACGCGGUGCAGGUCGCCUCGGACAAGUUCGUGUUCAACCUGCCGGACUUUGAGAACGUGAACCAUGUGGUGGUGUUCAUGCUGGGCACGGUGCCUUUCCCCGACGGCAUGGGCGGCGCCGUGUACUUCUCCUUCCCUGACCCGGCGAGCGGGGUCCCGGUGUGGCAGCUGCUCGGAUUCAUCACCAACGACAAGCCAAGUGCCAUCUUUAAGAUCUCCGGGCUGAAGGCCGGCGAGGGAGGUGCGCACCCGUUCGGCAUGAUGGCCUCCAACACGUCCCCCUCCGUGGCGCAGGUCGGGGUGUCGGUGGAGGCUCUGGAGCAGCUGGUCCAGCAGAUCCCGGUGUCCAGCGCCGCCGUGUCCACCGUGGACUCCUUCCUGCAGUUCACUCAGAAGAUGCUGGACAGUCUGUACAACUUCGCCUCGUCCUUCGCCAUGUCGCAGGCGCAGAUGACGCCGAACCCCACGGAGACCUACAUCCCAUCCAGCUGCGUCCUCAAGUGGUAUGAAAACUUCCAGAGGCGGAUGGCACAGAACCCGAACUUCUGGAAAAAUUAAUGAAAGCAGAGAGGUGGAGGACAUUAAACUCUGACCAAAGAUGAAUCUGCCUGGGAAGUUUCCACCGGUUCACAUAAAAGUGUGCCAGUUGUUAUCCAGCUCCGCUACUUCGAUUUCUACAGAAUCUCUGAUACUUCAGUUUCUACAGAAAACUGUUUCUAACACGUGGUCACAAUCUGUUGCACCUCUCAGUAUGUUUUGAAUAAAACCAAAAAAAAAGUUUAAAAAGACACACAUCCUUCCUUCCAACAAAAACCCAAUUAACUUGUUUCUAUAACUUUCAACCAAGAUCUCAUUGCUUUAUUUCCAGUUUAGAUUUCCUUUUUUUAAUUGUCAGGAUAAGGUUACAUCACCAGAAAGCCUUUAAGUAUUAUUUUCAUUAUAAACAAGGUUGCAAAAAAAGUUGUUUGUUAAACCUUCAACUGUAUCUCAACAUCCAAUCAAAUGUUUACUCCUUCUGAGCAAACCCCAUCAGCUGAGGAAAAGCAGUGGUUGAAAGUAGGGCUGCAACUGAUGAUUGUUUUUACUAUCUAUUUACUUUCACAAAUCUAUUAAACAUUUGGUUGUUAAAAUGCA